CAAGGUGUUGAAAAGAGAAUGGUUUAUGAGCUGUAUAUAAGCAUUGCCCCCUAGGGUUAGGGUUUUCCCCAGAAGUAAGAAUAGAUUUAUGUAUAUGUGAUCUACUAGCUAGCGAACAUCUCCUUCUAAAUUGAUCUCCUUUCAAUCCUGCAGGAGGGUUCUUGGCUGAUUCACCGUAGUAGUCUGAACAUAUACAUCCAUAAGGGUUCUUGUAGUAAGAGCUGGUAGAAGACAUGAAGAAGCGCCAAGUGGUGGUAAAGAGAGAUGAAUCUUCAAAAAACGCGACGAAUUCGUCGUUUACGGUAAGGAAUGUAAGAUAUGGAGAGUGCCAGAAGAAUCAUGCGGCUGGCGUUGGAGGUUAUGCUGUGGAUGGAUGCAGGGAGUUCAUGGCUAGUGGGGAGGAGGGGACAAAUGCUGCACUCUCUUGUGCUGCUUGUGGCUGUCACAGGAACUUCCACAGAAGGGAAGUGGAAACCGAGGCCGUCUGCGAAGGUUCUUCCCCGUCCUCGCUUGGGCGUACAUAGAUAAACUCUCCUAAUAUUUUUCUAUCUCCAAAAUACAAGUAUGUUGAUGGUUUGUUGUUUGCUUUAUUAGUUAUUACUAUGUUAACCAGGGGUUGAGUUGAAUUGCGUGUCUGCGUUUGUGUUUUUGUGUGGAAGCUCAAGAAACAAGCAGGAGUUCUUUUAUGUCUUUACUAAAUUAUGAGAUCGUCAAACUGCCUUUCAUGGUUUAUUACCAAGGGUGAAGUGGGUGGUAACUAGGCAUUGCCAUGGGCUAAAUUUGCUAUGUCCUUUGUUCAGAA